GAAAUGGCUGUGCGAAAAGGUGUUUCCAAGAAAUAUGUGGACAUUUUACUUACUCUUUACUCGAACACCCCAAGCCGCGUUAGGGUCUACAGUGACUCAUCAGAUACCCUAUCGACAACAAGUGGCGCUCGUCAGACUUCCACGCAAAAUACUCCGGAUUUUGUCCACAUCUCAUCGAUCAGGCGCAAAUCGGGUUGAUAUUCGACCGCACGAAGCUGAUCUAUUCCUUGUUCCUGCAGGCUCCCAGCUCCGUCGGAAAACAGCUUUUGGAGGGUAUUUUACAGAAAGGCCUGUUUUGUUCUCCGUUGCUACUUUUAUGGUUCUGGGGAGUCCAAAUCUGUGCAAACGCUUCUCUCCGGGUUUUAUCUGUCUGCUGCUUACGUUGUCUGCAUUGAAGCCUAUCGUACCCCGG